AUGGCAACUAUUUUAAAGGAAAGGCGUAUGAUGGAAGGUGGUACAAAGAAGGCUCCGGCUAGCGAACCAAUCGAGAACGAGACCCACCCAACCAGACGCUCAGACGUAGCGGCUGGGAGUACUUCGAGAGACAAUGUUGACUACCACCCGAAACGAACGAAUCGCCAAUUACAGCCCGACAGACGAUCCGCAGCUAGCCAGAAAGAUAUACACCGAAUGCCACUACGUCGGAGCUGUCGAUCAGCGUAUCUCGCUAUGGUCGGAUCAAACCAGCCGGAACGGCAGGCGGAAGAAGAGACAACGUACGUGCCAAAUGCGGACCAAAACCAACAGAAAGAGACAUGA